CACCGAACAGCGGUCAUAAAAUACAUCACAAAAUGCCUGUACAAGGCAUCAGAACGGUAGCUAAGGCCAGGAACGGCGUGGGCGCCUUCAUCCUACAAUGCAAACGUUUGGAUUUCCACUACUGCGACUGGGCUGGUAGUUCGAGAGGCAUGGUCGCUUUCCUGAAACACUCCCUACCCUCCUUCGCCAAAGCCAACCCUCAGAUCGAAAUCCGAGUAUCACCACGGCCGCACAAACACCCGGUAAUCAAAGGUCACUACAUCAACGGACGAGAGAAAGCGAUCUGCGUUCGGAAUAUGGAACCUGAACAAAUCCUGAAGAAGGCGAAUCUACUUAAGGAAGCCAGCGGCGAGAAGCUCAAGCGCACCAAGAAGCCCGUCACCAGUAUCAACGAGAGUGUAAGAGGCAUCUGGUCCCCGUACCACGGAGAUCUCAAGAUGGUAUGAAGCAGUGUUGGGGGUGUUUAGACUGGUGUUGAGGCUCCAUCUCUCAGCCUUUUCUGUGUAUAAUGUAUAUCGUGGGUUUUUCUUUUCUUGUCGUGUUUUUUCCUUGACAACCCCAAGGCCUUUCUAUUAGGGGUCAUUGCACGGUAUGUACAAAAUAAAUACCUUUCAAUGUCAGAUAAACAGCGGGUUGCAUGAACCGUUGCUAUGGAUCGUUAUCUACUAAGGUAGAAUGAAUAAAUGGCAUGCCUCAUGCCUCUACUAUCC